AUGCAAGUCCAACUGUUGAUGAUUGUUCAUCAUAGAAAUUUGGUCUCCCUCAUUGCUUAUUGUGAUGAGCAUGGAAACAUGGCACUUGUUUAUGAAUACAUGGCUAAUGGGAACUUGCGCGAGCAUUUAUCAGGUAGAAAAGAGCACAAAUUUGUUGAAUUGGAGAGAAAGGCUUCAAAUUGCAGUAGACGCAGCACAAGAUUUCGUUCAUCAGGAAACUUAAAUAAGAAGAGUGAUGUUUACAGCUUUGGUAUUCUUCUACUUGAGCUACGAAGAGUGCAACACUCACAUCCUUCAAUGGUACAAAGGGCGGACAUGAGUUAUGUUUUGAUAGAGCUAAAGGAAUGUUUGGCCAUGGAGGUGUCAUCUGAAAGGACACUUACACAGAAUAGGUCGACCAGAAUGCGCGAUUCCAUUGAAAUGAACUUGGUUCUUGUAACAGAUAUGGCUCCACAUGCUAGGUAG